CUAUCUUAAUCAGAACUUCAUUGCAAACUUGCAAUUGAUUAUUCACCAUGGUAUAGUUUGAAAAUAGCGCGGAAACAAAGAGAGCGCAUUAAAAAUGCGGUCUUAUGUCUGACGUGGCAAACAAUUUCCAGAGACUUUAAUUCGGAAAUCUUGGCUAGGUUCGUGAAGUCUAAAUGAGAAUUAUCCCUACACCCAGAUCAUCAUCCGAACAUCCAUGAACCGCUUGAUGUAUUAUCUCUCCAUUUCGUCAACUUCCGUACGGACGGCCAGGAGGACCGGAUCACAGAUGUAACCAUGCACCCGAUUCACGUGAUAGUUUCUCUGUCGCGUUACGGAGGAUUCGUUCGCAUUGUCGCAGAGCGAGCGACUACAGGAGAGAAACUUGGAUUCGAAGAAACCAAUGGAGUCGUUUCCAUCCUCCCCCUCGAUUUUAUUACUAAAACCCUAAUUAUAGUAAUGCUCUCGGAUUCGAUAGAGCGAGAGCGAGAUCGACGCGAUCGCGGAUGGAUCCCCUCGCGAUCCGCUUCCUCGUCUCCCUCCUCGCCUCCUCCGCGAUCGCCGCUCGAUCCUUCCGCCGCAGAUCCGUGGAUCUGUCGGGCGUUCUCGUCGGGAUCCCGGUCAUGGUGAUCCACAUGACCGCGGGCUAUAGGUUCGCGGCGCUUCUUCUGGUGUUCUUCUUCACGUCGUCGAAGCUCACGAGGGUCGGGGAGGAGCGGAAGCGCGCCAUUGAUGUGGAGUUCAAGGAAGGGGGGCAGAGAAAUUGGGUACAAGUUCUAGCAAAUAGUGGUAUCGCUACAGUUUUGGUAGUUAUAGUAGCAUUCUUAACUGGGGGACAAGAUAGGUGCUUGGAUACAAAAGAGUCAAAUUAUGUAACUGGACUAAUUGGUGGUAUUAUCGGACAUUAUGCUUGCUGCAAUGGAGAUACUUGGUCUUCGGAACUUGGAAUACUUAGCAGAGGUCAACCGCGGCUGAUCACAAACUUCAAGAAAGUUAGAAAGGGCACAAACGGUGCAGUAACUGUUGAUGGGUUUCUAGCAGCAGCUGCAGCGGGCUUUGUCAUUGGGCUCACUUUCGUCCUAGUUGGAUUCCUCACCUCUGAAUGUGCUCCUAAGAUAGCUCGGAGGCAGUUGCUUGUUGUACCGAUUGCUGCAGCAGCUGGGCUGUGCGGAAGCUUGAUUGAUUCCUUGUUGGGUGCAACACUGCAAUUCAGUGGAUAUUGCACUUUGCGAAAAAAGGUGGUUGCAAACCCAGGUCCAACUGUUAGCAAGAUCUCAGGAAGGAACAUUCUAGACAACCAUGGGGUCAAUGUCGUCUCCGUGCUAUUAACAACACUUCUUACAGCGAUCGCGUGCUUGUACAUCUUCUAAGCAUACCGAUCCAUCAUUCCUCUUCGUCUACAUUUGUACGGUAGUUAAUGCUAGCCGGGUUUUCCCACAUUAUUACCAGGAUUAGUGUUAACAGUUGUACCAUAAAGCACACUAGUUGUUAACAAGGCCACGGAUUUUAAUUUUAUUCUUAGUUUUGGAUAAUUUGAUACAUUUUAUUCUUCUAUUAGUUGGGGGGCAAGAUUCAAAGUGCGCGGUGACACGAUACCUGUUGUACUUUACAUUUGUAGAAGCAUUUCGUAAUUACGUGAGGUAGUUCCUUUUUUUUUCGAUUGUAUUGUUUCCUGUAUGAACUCUAGAUGACUUUGAUAUA